CUGAUGAUUAUGGAUGUCGAGUAAGUCCCAUAUUUAUAUAUAGUUAAUACAAAGGAGUGCGACACACUCUACAUUACUCCCCCCUCCCAUCCGUUCUUGGUCUAAGUCAUGUGACUGCGGAGAAUGCGAAACUCACCAUCACCGGCGUCCGAACCGGCGGACAACAAUCCAGUUUGUCCGCUCCGCCGUUGGAUUGCACGUUUGGUCAUCCGUACUGUCGGACUGUCGCUCGAUGACGACCGCCAAGAAGCUCUACAACCGGAGAUCAACCAACGCUAUUACCGGAAGUAUGGGAGGGUCAGCCUGACCACUUGCGACAACUGUGCGGACGCCGACGACGAUUACCCUGUGUUAUUUAUGCCCAUGUGCCAGGCAUUGAUCCGACAACUAAGAAGUGUCACCCCCAUGCUGGAGCUUGUAUGCGGUGUAACCAUAAUGGCGAUGCCUGCCAGGUUGCGAAGGAAGGGAAUGGUGUGUCCGAUGUUAUUCCGGAUUGUGCCCAAUCUGGUAAUUCAGCCCUGCCCGCGCGCGCGGCGAAAGUGAAAAUGGACCUGAAAACGGCCAGUACAAAAAUGUGCAAUCGGUAGAAUUGACCAGGCCAAUCUGUUCUAUUACUAGUACAUCGACAGGCC